AUGGGGUGGCUUUGUGUUGCAACAAAAAUUGAAAGUGUUGAAGACAGAUCUAAAGGGUUGGCAUAUGCAGCAUUCGAAGAAUUUGGAUGGAGUGUUACAGGGUGCAUGUACAAGGUGUUAGCGAAGGUUCUGGCUAAUAGAUUGCGUUGUGUUAUUUCCAGUGUGGUUUCCGACACUCAGUCAGCGUUUGUUAGAGGGAAACAAAUAUUAGAUGGAAUUUUGAUAGCAAAUGAGGUGGUGGAUGAAGCAAAGCGCAUGAAUAAGGAACUUCUUUUAUUCAAAGUUGAUUUUGAAAAGGCAUACGACUCCGUAGAUUUGAAAUAUCUUGAUGCGGUGAUGGUGAAAAUGAAUUUUCCUACUAUUUGGCAGAAGGGUCUUCGUCAAGGGGAACCUUUGUCGCCAUUCUUGUUUUUAUUGGCUGCUGAAGGGUUGAAUGUGUUGAUGAAAGCUGUGGUGGGGGCGCAACUUUUUACUGGCUAUGGUGUGGGAGGUGCAAAUGAUGUCAGGGUAACUCAUCUUCAGUUCACGGAUGAUACUCUUAUAAUAGGUGAAAAAUCAUGGCCGAAUGUUCGUUCUAUGACGGCAGUAUUGCUUCUGUUUGAGGAGGCGUCGGGAUUGAAAUUCAAUUUUCACAAAAGUAUGCUGACAUGUGUAAAUGUUUCUGACUCUUGGUUAUCUGAGGCCGCUUUGGUGAUGAACUGUCCAAGGGGUGCUAUUCCUUUUAUUUAUUUGGGCCUGCCCAUUGGUGGGGACUCGAGGAAGAUUAGUUUUUGGAAACCUGUUAUUGAUCGUAUAGUAGCACAUUUUACAUAUUGGAGUAACAAACUUUUGUCAUAUGGUGGCCGUUUGGAGGAAGGAGGGUUGGGGGUUAGAAAGGUAGGAGGAGCUUUUAAUUUAUCUUUGUUGGGGAAGUGGUGUUGGAGGUUGGUGAGUGAGAGGGAGGGGUUGUGGUAUAGUGUGUUGAAAGCUCGUUAUGGUGAGUCGAGAGAGCGCAUAAAGGAUAGGGAUAGGCGUGGUUCUCAGUGGUGGAGGGCGAUUUGUUGA